CGCGUAUCGCAUUGCCGGCCGUCCGGUCUUCUUUGAUGACGAUGGGUAGUCUGCCUCUGCCGCCCGUUCUUGUCUUUCUCACUUCACGGCUUGUUAGUUUCGUCUACCCCGUAUUCCCCGCCUGCGCUUCCAACAGCAGCUAACUCCAAGGAGGCGUUGCGGCCAUGGCGGCUUCGAAGCCCAUCCUGUACAGCGCGUGGAUCAGCUCCUGCUCCUUCCGAGUCCGGAUCGCCCUCAACCUCAAAGGUGUGGAUUAUGAGUACAGGGCUGUGACACGGACGGAUCUAGAUUAUGAAAAGAUCAAUCCAAUCAAGUAUGUUCCAGCAUUGGUUGAUGGGGAUUUUGUUGUUUCUGACUCCCUUGCAAUCAUACUGUAUCUUGAAGACAAAUAUCCUCAACACCCUCUUUUGCCUCAAGAUCUCAAAAAGAAAGCUAUUAAUCUUCAGAUUGCAAAUAUGGUGUGUUCAAGCAUUCAGCCUCUUCAAUGUUAUGCAGUAGUUGGUCUGCUUGAUGGCAAGUUAGGUUCAGAUGAGAGCCUUCAGAUUGUUAGGAAUUACACCGACAAGGGAUUUAAAGCAAUCGAAAAACUUCUGGAAGGUUGUGACAGUAAAUAUGCUACUGGAGACGAAGUCCAACUGGCAGAUGUGUUUCUUGCACCCCAGAUCCAUGCAGGCGUGACGCGCUUCAAAAUUGAUAUGUCAAACUACCCUCUUUUGGAGAGGUUCUACAAAGCCUAUAUGGAGAUCCCAGCAUUUCAAGUAGCGGCUCCUGAAAAACAGCCAGAUGCGCCUGCGUCUCCAUACUGAAAUGAAAUCUACAGCUAUGUUCAGAUAGAUGCCUGCAGUGAUUCAUAAUAAUUAUGGCUGUAGAGAUUCAAAUUAAUUAGGACGCUUGACGUAAAUGAAGUUUGCUUCGUCUACCUAGUGUGGAGGCGUGUUACAAAAAGGAACUAGAGAUAUUUCGGAAUCGUGCUGUACUAGAAACUUCUAAAUCCUGUAUUAUCACUCAAAAUAUUUCGGAAUCGUACUCUACUAGGUGGAUUCGUCCCUUCAGCCUAGACUUUCAAUCCA